AUGGAUCCCUUCUCCGAAUCGCCCGUGGGGAUCCCCCGGAACCCUAACGCGCCCGCGCCCGCGCCCGCGCCGUCCUCCUCGUUGGGGCCUUUCGUCGAACACGUCGCGGGCGAGGAGGAGAACCCCGCCGCGCUCCCCUUCCCGCUCCUCCCCUGGAGAGCCCGGCGCUGCGACGUGUACCUCGGCUUCUCCGGCGCCGGCGACGGCCCGGCGGUCCGGCGAUUGGUGGCGUGGCUCCGCGCGGAGCUCGAGGCGCAGGGGAUCGCGUGCUUUGCGGCGCGCGGCGCCGGCGCCGCGAGGGAGGCCGCCAUGGGCGCCGCCUCGCUCGGCGUCGUCGUCGUCUCCGCGGGCUCCCUUUCGAGCCCCUGCAGCGUCGAAGAGAUCCUCAUGUUCUCGGAGAGGGGCAAUCUCGUGCCGCUGUUCUUCGGGGUAAAGCCCUCGAAAGAGGAUUCCGCCGCCUGGAUGAGAUGCGGCGGCUCGGAGAAGGAGUGCGCGGCGGCGUUGCAUGCGCUGUCGUGCGCAGCGGUGAGAUUGGAAGCCGAUGAGGGAAAUCUACGGGGCUGCGUCUUCGACGCCGUCGAGCUCAUCGGAUUGCGGUUAGGCAGGAAGUACGCGGCAGAAUCGGUUAGGCGGUGGCGAGAAUUGGCGGCCGACGAGUUCCCCUUCCCGCGAAAUGCUAACUUUGUCGGUAGGACGAGGGAGCUCCAUGAGCUUGAAUUGCUGCUCUUCGGAGAGGCGGCGAAUAGCCGAGCAUCGAUGAGCGCGGGCCCGUCAAAGCAGUUUGCAGAGAGCAGCAAAGGCGAAGGCGAGAUGCCGCCAAUGUGGGAGCAAUUCGAAGAUGACAUAGAAAGGAGCAGCGGCGGCAAUGGCGUGGCCUGCGUCUGCGGUGAUUCGGGUAUUGGAAAGACGGAGCUCUUGCUCGAAUUCGCGUAUCGGUUCUCGAAGAGGUACAAACUGGUUUUAUGGGCCGGUGGCGAGGUGAGGUAUCUCCGCGAGAACUACAUGAAACUGCUGCCUCGGUUGGGCAUCGAUGUCGGUUUCGAGAGUGAAGUUUCCCUGGGCAGUAGCAGGCGCGGGAGCUUCGAGCUUAUGGAAGGAGACGCCGUUGGCAGGGUCCGAAAGGAGCUCGCGCGAGACAUUCCUUUCCUUCUUGUGAUUGAUAAUUUGGAAAGCGAGAAGGAUUGGUGGGACGGGAGAUCUAUCGUGGAUCUUCUGCCCCGUUCCGGCGGGGGCACCCACGUGAUCAUCUCCACUCGGUUGCCCCAGAUAUCGAUCGGUAAGCCGCUGAGAUUAUCGCACUUGCCUCCGUCGGAGGCGCUGUCUUUGAUGAAGGGGAGCUCUCGAGAUCUGAGAACACAAGAUAUUGAUGCUCUGAGGCUCAUUGAAGAGAAGAUUGGUAGGCUCCCUCUUGGUCUUGCAAUAGUUGGGGCAAUCUUUUGCGAGCUCCGAAUUGGACCACUCGAGCUACUAAAUGCGAUAGAUGAUAUGCCGAUGAGAGAAAUUUCCUGGGUUACGAAGGACGACGUUUUGUUGAGCCGCAAUCCCUUCCUCGUGCAGCUCCUCGACCUGUGCUUCUCGCUGUUGGACCGCGAAAAGAAUCUCGGAAAGCUGGCGUCGAGAAUGAUCGAGGCCAGCAGUUGGUUUGCGCCCUCGCCGAUCCCAAUCUCGAUGCUUGCUCUCGCUGCUCGUGGAAUUUCCAAAGGGCGUCAGCAGCUUACGCAGGUUCGGAAGGGGUUUGCUCGUGUGCUCUCCUGUUCCUUGUGCAUCGCACCUGCUGCUACUAAGAACAAUCCAGAAGCCGAAGCCUCUUCUAUGUUGAUCAGAUUCGGUUUGGCGAGGAGCUGCGCCAGAGAAGGGUAUCUGUCAUUCCACGACAUUGUGAAUCUACACGCGCGCAGAAGAAGCAAUGCUGAGUUUGCUAGAUCAGCGGUCGUUCGUGCUAUCAUUAAAGAAGGAUCCGUCUCGCGACAUUCAGAUCAUGUUUGGGCUGCUUGCUUCUUGCUGUUUAGAUCCGGGACAGGUCCCGUGACCGUCGAUCUUCCGACCCGUGAUCUGCUGUCCUUCAUCAAGCGGUUCGUGUUGCCUCUUGCGUCCCAGAGCUUCACAAUGUUCUCUAUGUACAACGCGGUCCUCGAGCUCCUACGCUUGUCCUCUCGAGCACUCGAAGUUCUAGUCGAUUCUUUCCUCUCCGAAGAGAAAAAGUAUGCAUCAUCAUGCUUCAAUCCGAAGAGGAUGUCGAGUGUAGAGCCUAAUCCUUUGCUUUACUGCGAUCUCGAGCGUGUGCGUGCGACGAUACUGGAUAGAAGAGCGAUGAUUAUGAUGAGAGGUUGUCAGCACGACGUCGCGGAGCAACUUUGUAGGACGGCGGUCGGCAUCAAGGAGGUUAUUUACGGACCGGAGCAUCCGGAAACGCGGUCGACUUGCAUACUCAUGGAGCAGUCCAUAAUGUGCCAAUCGAAAUUUUGA